GCAGGAUCAGUUGCUGCUUACAUUUGCUUUUGAUACUGUUGUGUUGACUUGCAACCGCAGAAACAGACACCAUGGUGCACCUGACUGAUGCUGAGAAGGCUCUGGUCACCGGCCUGUGGGGAAAGGUGAAACCUGAGGAAAUUGGUGGUGAGGCCCUGGGAAGGCUGCUGGCUGUCUACCCUUGGACCCAGAGGUUCUUUGACAGCUUUGGAGACCUUUCCUCUGCCUCUGCUAUCAUGGGUAAUGCCAAGGUGAAGGCCCAUGGCAAGAAGGUGAUUGACUCCUUUAGUGAAGGCCUGAAACACCUGGACAACCUCAAGGGCACCUUUGCUAGCCUGAGUGAGCUCCACUGUGACAAACUGCAUGUGGAUCCUGAGAACUUCAAGCUCCUGGGCAAUAUGAUCGUGAUUGUGAUGGCCCACCACCUGGGCAAGGACUUCACCCCCGCUGCACAGUCUGCCUAUCAGAAGGUGGUGUCUGGUGUGGCCACUGCCCUGGCUCACAAGUACCACUAAACCCAUGUUCCUUUUUUUUUUGUUUAUGCGCAAAGCUUAUUUGUCUUCAGAGAAAAACUGUCAAUUGCUGAGGAAAUGAUGAAGGCCUUUGGCCUUCUACCUUCUCUCUAUUAAAAAAUAUGUAUUUUCAUUGCAA